AUGGCCGCCAAAACUAUUCUUCUCUUCGAUGUCGAUGGUACUCUCACGCCGCCGCGCAAUCCGGAAACCAACGACAUGAAGGAGGCACUAUCGAAGGCUCGUGCAGCUGGCUUCAAGCUUGGCGUCGUCGGUGGCUCCGACUUUGUGAAGCAGAAGGAGCAGCUGGGCGAGUCAAUCCUGGAGGACUUUGACUACGUCUUUUCCGAGAACGGUCUGUUAGCCUUCAAGAAUGGCAAGGAAUUCCACCGCAACAGCCUGCUGAAGGCUCUUGGGAAUGACAAGGUCAUGGCAUUCGUGAAGAAGUGCUUGCACCUCAUCGCCGAUCUCAGCAUUCCAGUGCAACGUGGCACCUUUGUGGAAUUCCGCAACGGCAUGCUCAACGUGUCUCCUAUUGGCCGCAACUGCUCGCAGCAGGAGCGGGACGAGUUUGAGCAGUAUGACAAGAUCCAUCACGUCCGUGAAUUGAUGAUAGCCGAUCUCAAGAAAGCGUUCCCUGAAUACCAGCUCACCUACUCUAUUGGUGGUCAGAUCAGUUUCGAUGUCUUCCCCAAGGGGUGGGAUAAGACAUAUUGCCUGCAGUUUGUCGAGGAGGAGUUUAAAAACAUCCACUUUUUUGGCGACAAGACCUCAGAGGGCGGCAACGAUUACGAGAUUUACUGCGAUAGUCGCACAGUCGGCCACUCUGUGAAGACGUACCAUGAUACAAUUGCGAUUAUUGAGGCACUCAUCAAAGAGUCGCAUUGA